AUGGUUUGUGACAAAUUGAGAUGGGAUAAGCUUGGAAAACUACCGUCUCCAUUGACACAAUUGCAUAUGAAUCAGACGGAUUGGAAGGCUGAAAACUUGAAGAAGUUGAGCAAUUUGAGAGCAUUGAAAAUUACGAAUAGCAAAAUGACAUCGAAGGAAAUGGAAAAACUGUCUGAUCUUGCAAAUCUAACCCAUCUGGAAAUCACAUCAUCUGCCAUCACCUAUAUCCCUGAUUCCAUUUCCAAACUGCCAUCUCUCACACAUCUAUAUCUUUCCGACAACCCACUGGAUCAACUUCCAGCCACGUCACUGACUCAUUUGGACAAUUUGAAGAAGAUACGAUUGGGUGGAAACUUCAGUCGAUUCGCAUGUGAUUGUGAAUCACCGUCCGAUUUGCAGAGAUGGUUGAUGAAGAGAACGAAUCGAGCGAAGAUUGACGACAUCGAUGACCUGAAUUGUGAUCUGAAUGGUCAUGGAACAGUUUGGAUGUUGGAAGCUCUUCCCGGAACGAAUGAAAGUGUUUGCCUGGAUCCAACAGAAGAAACGAAGCAAUGGAUGACAUUUGUGGAGAAUGCACAGAAAGGAAUCAUGGAAAGAGUGUAUACAUCAACACAGUCAACAACUGAAAAGGAGAAGAAAACUAUGGAAAUGACGACUACACCGAGGAAAAGUAUUCUGGAGACGUUGGAUGAGUUAGAAGGAGUAAAGACGACGGAUAAAAUGAGCACGAAACUCCGUUCCACAACCACUGCUAUCACAACAACUUCCCGAUAUCGAAAAAAAUACAAAGACUACGAUGAUGAGCCUCACAAGUUUGUGAAUGUCCUCAUCUUCUUACUCUUUUUAUGUGUUAUCAUUUUGAUUAUUUCUAUUGGAGUCACAGUUUAUUUGAAAUUUUGGCAUCCGGAAGAGUUACUGUUAAAACGGCGAAAAAAAGAAAGGAUUCAACCGGAAAUUCCUCGAGAAGAAGAACCACUUCAGCAUUUAGAUUGA